CCCUGGCGAUAGCUUGCGAUAGCGGGGCCGACGCUAUCAGAUUCUUCAGCUUGCGUGUACAGGCAUCAUUACAUCUGCAUCUCCUCCUGACUUCUGCAUCCCAUACCUGAUUGGGACUGGACUGAACUGGCUUGGAGAAAGGGAAGAAAAAGAUAAUAAUGCCAAGCCAUCUAAUCAGAUGGCUAGCCGAGAGCUGCGUCCCGAUCGGACCUCGAGCGAAGGAUCGCCUGGCACCGGUCAAGUCCAAGGAAGGGAAGACCUUUGGUCUGUCGGACGGAGAAUUCGGGUUUUUGUCUGGCUCGUACUCUGUGUCACUACCUUGAGUGCUGAAUCGUUGACUGGAACAGCGACAUCGGCACACAGCUUACUUGGCUGGUCUUCGGUCUUUCACGGACUCCUGUCGUGACUCUUCAGCCGCGACAUGGGAGGACCUGGAAUGUUUGAGCAGCAUCAAGGCAAGAUUCUUGGCUUCCCUGCCCGUCUUGGGUCAGUACCUGCAUGUUGGUGAGAGGCACGUCUUUCCCCAGGUACCUUUUGCCCAGCACGCGUAGAUAGCAUCCGAUAAACACAGUUACAACAAUCUUGGUACGACCCACGUCGGUAAAGUAUGUAGAUAUAUCUCACUCUUGUCUUUCAUUUUUCUCAUCUUGUAAUGAUACAAGUACUUUCGUUUCUGCUUCCGUUUCGUCAUUAUUUGCUCUCCUCGUCCCGUGUUCGAUUUUGUGGCUCAAAAGUUGCCAGUUCGCACUUCUCCUUGGCGUCGAAUCAGAGGCGAAGCUACAUACACGGAAAAGCAAAUAUGGGAUCCAUCGAGGCGCCCAUCAAAGUCUUGGUCAUUGGGGGCUCGUAUGCAGGACUCUCGGCUGCGUUGAAUUUGUACGAUUACUGUAAUGGGAAAGAAGCGAGAGCGAGACUGCAUGAUCCGGUUGGAGGAAGUGGCAUUGUGAUACCCGUGGAGAUCAAGAUCGUGGAUGAGAGAGACGGUUACUAUCACCUCAUCGGCUCGCCUCUCGCUCUCGCUUCAACAGAGUACGCCUCCAAGAAUUGGGUCCGUUUCGCAGACUUGCCUGCCUUGAAAGCGCCUGGUCUUAGCUGGACACAAGGGAGUGCCUCAAGGGUCGACACAGAGAACAAGAUCGCCACGAUAGUAGACACGAUAUCAGGAAAAGAAUAUGAUGAGAGUUACGACUUCCUGGUCAUCGCGACUGGGUUACGCAGACAAUGGCCAGCUGUUCCACAGUCCUUGACUAGGAAAGCGUAUCUGGCCGAGACGGCGAAGCAUAUCGAGGAAGUGAAAGCUGCGAAGGAGGGUGUGGUCGUUAUUGGUGGAGGUGCCGUUGGCGUUGAAAUGGCUGCCGAGAUUAAAAUGGUGGAACCAACGCAAAAAGUAACACUCAUUCACUCCCGCGAUAAGCUUCUUUCCUCCGAACCACUCCCCGACGACUUCAAAGAUCGUAGUGCUGAAGUGCUUCAAGAGGGCGGGGUGGAACUAAUCGUUAAUGAACGAGUAACGGGGAAUAUCGAGGUUGAAUCAACGGACGGGAGUCCCCGGUACAGACUCACUUUAUCGAGUGGGAGGCAGAUAUUCGCUGGGAAAGUCAUCUUUGCAGUUUCGAAGAGUGUGCCUACGACAACGUUCAUGCCGGCGUCGACGUUAGAUGCCGAUGGCUUUGUGAAGAUCCACAAUACCAUGAACAUCCUCACCGACUCCCCCAGCUCACGCGCCCAUUUCGCAGCCGGCGACAUAGCUUCCUGGUCCGGCAUCAAACGCUGCGGUGCAGCCAUGGCAAUGGGACAUAUCGCAGCUGCCAAUAUCCACCAAGUGAUUCGACAAGCGGGGUUCGGAACUGAGCCUACAUUUGUUGAGUUUCCCGAGGUGCCGCCUAUGAUUGCGAUCGCGGUUGGGAAGAAGGCCGUUUGUUAUGGGCCGGAAACGGGGACGACGAGCGGGGAGGAGGAUCUGAAGAGGAUGUUCAGGGAUGAUUUGGGAUGGUCGAUUUGCUGGAAUUACAUGCAGCUUGGUGUUGAGUGGACGAAGACUAGCGCAUGAUGAUGAGGUUGGAGGUAUUCCAUCCGAACAGGAGUCCUGGCGUUUUCAGUAUUUAAUGAUCAACAACGAGCUCUGUCAUAUAGGUAGGAGUUUUGUGGCAGAGUACAUAACUUCAAUUGAGUCUCCAA